UUCUGCUUGUUCCGUUCUCAAAAGCUCAGAACUUAAAGCUCUGAACCUUCAAGAGAAAAAAAAAGAAGAAGCUCAAGCCCAUUAACUUCGUCGUCUACCUCCAAUUCCCACAGUCGAAAAUUUCAAAUUAUUAUUAAAUAGAGGUUUUUCAGGCGCGAAACUGAAGACCUAGAUUUGGCUCUGCCGACGCAAACUCUUUCUGUGGAUCUUCGAGUCUCGAGGAAUUCCUACUUCCAUGGAGAUUGAUGACCUCGCCACUCCGUUUACUCCCAUCACGCCUAGUGAGAACAAUGAACUAGCCAUCUCUAAUACGCGGCCUAACAAACGUAGGAGAAAGAAGUCUAUUGUGUGGGAGCACUUCACUGUGGAAACUGUUGGACCUGGUGUUACCAGGGCCUGUUGUAAGCAGUGCAAGAAAUCAUUUGCUUACAUUACUGGUUCAAAGCUAGCAGGAACUAGUCACCUCAAGCGACAUAUUGCAUUGGGAAUCUGCCCCGUUAGCCGUCAGAGAGAUCAACUGGCAACAUUUACACCAGGUUCUAAAACUGAAAGUGGCACUAAUCCACCUAAAAGACGGUAUAGAGCAAGCAAUGCAUUUGCGGGCGUCCCUUUUGAUCAGGAGCGGUGCAACCAAGAGCUUGCUAAGAUGAUCAUAAUGGAAGAGCUUCCGCUUCAGAUUGUGGAGCACUCGGCAUUCGCUGAUUUUGUUCGGACUCUUCAACCUCAUUUCAAUAUGGUGAGCUUCAACACUAUUCAAGGGGAUUGUGUGGCCAUAUACCUUAGGGAGAAGCAAAGCCUCUUGAACCUUAUUGGUGAAAUACCUGGACGUGUCAACCUUACAUUAGAUUUGUGGACCUCGGAUUCAACAGUGGGCUAUGUUUUUGUAUCUGGACACUUCAUUGAUGAUGACUGGAAUUUGUACCGGCGGCUGCUUAAUGUUAUAAUGGUACCUACUCCUGAGUCCGAUUAUGCCUUCAAUCAGGCUGUUGUUGCUUGCUUAUCAGAUUGGCAUUUGGGGAGCAAACUCUUUACACUCACUCUUGAUCAGUCAUUCUCAAAUGAAAUCACAGUUGGAAAUCUUAGAUCCCUCCUCUCUGUCAAGAACACAUUUAUACUUGAUGGUCAAUUACUAAAUGGACAUUGUUAUGCUCGAGUCAUAAGCCUCCUUGUUGUGGAUGCUAUUGGGUCCAUGGGGGAAAUUGUUGGAAGGAUUCGUGAAAGUGUGAAGUAUGUGAAAACAUCAGAAUCUCAAGAAGAGAGGUUUAUGCAGCUGAAGCAACAACUUCAAGUCCCUAGCACGAGAGAGCUUCUAAUCGAUGACCAGAAGAAAUGGAACACAACUUAUCAUAUGCUGGUAGCUGCGUGUGAGUUGAAACAAGUUUUUGAUUGCUUUGAUACCUUUGAUCCUGAUUACAAGAUAAACAUAUCAACUGAAGAUUGGAAGCAAGUGGAAAUUCUCUGCACAUACUUGAAGCUUUUCUUCGAUGCAGCUAACAUUUUAACUGGCCCAACAAAUCUCCCUGCCAAUAUGUUCUACCAUGAAGUGUCGAAACUCCACCUAGAGCUGACUCAUGCGGCCAUGAGCACAGAUACUGUCGUCAGUAACUUGACCAGACCUUUGAGAGAAAAAAUUGAUAAAUAUUGGAGGGAACACUUUCUAGUUUUUGCGAUUGCAGUAGUUAUGGACCCAAGAUUCAAAAUGAGGUUCAUUGAGUUCAGUUUCCCUAAGAUCUUUGCAGUUGAGGAUGCUGAUAUGUGGAUCAAGCUUGUUGAUGAUGGUUUGCAUGAAAUUUUUCUUGAUUACUUUGCACCAAUGCUUGCUCUACCCUCGCCAUUCGAGGAAGGGAAUGAUGUCAUUCUCAAAACAGAAGCUUCUGACGAUGGAGCCCAUUUAGUUCCAGCUGGAGAUGAAGUUGUUAUGCAUGGAAUCCCUACUGAUGGAGGAAUCCCUGCUGAUGGAGGAAUCCCUGCUGAAGGAGGCCCUCAGGAAGUAGCCCUCAUAGGAGAGCCUCAAGAUGGAGCCUCUCUAGAAGGAAACUCUGAAUAUCCCACUUCUGUAGAAGGAAAUUCACAUCACGAUGACACCUCUCUAGGAGGAAACCACCUUCAAGAUGGUGCCCCUGUAGGAGAGAACGCUCAAGACGGAGCCCCUGUGGAAGGAAGCCUGCAUGAUGGAGCUCCUGUGGAAACAAAACCACAAGAUGGAACCUCUGUGGAAGCAAAACCCGAUUUGAAUGGAAACACUCAAGAUGGAGCUUCUAUGAAAGGAGACACUCAAGAUGGAGCUGCUGUGAUAGGAGAUACUCAAUAUGAAGUCCCAAUGGAGGAGGGAAACACUCAAGAUGUUGCGGCAACAGAGGGAAACCCUCAAGGCGGGAUUCAUCUAGAUGCACAAGAUAGAGCCCCUCUAGAAGGAAUAGUGCAAGAUGUGCUUACACCAGAAGGGACUGCACAAAAUGGAGCCCCUCUAGAUGGAAACACUUAUAAUGGAAACCCUCAAGUACCAACUGGACCCUCUCAGGAAGAUUUUUCAAUGGAAAUUGAUGCACCAGAAUCACAUCAUGAAGAAGUAAACCCCGCAGAAGUAACUCCUCAGGAAGGUCACCCUCAAGAUAUGCAUCUUAUGACCAUUGGGGAUGGGUUUUCAGAUUUUGAGGUUUAUAUCUCUGAAAUUACGAGUGGCCAACAGUUGAAGUCAGAAUUGGAUCAGUAUCUAGAAGAAUCUGUUUUGCCUCGAGUGCAAGAGUUUGACAUAUUGGGUUGGUGGAAACUAAACAAAAUGAAGUACCCAACUCUCUCAAGGAUGGCUUCUGAAAUUUUGUCGAUACCAUUAUCAACUGUUGCUCCUGAUUCCAUAUUCGAUACUGAAAGCAGGACGAUGGACAGCUAUCGGAGUUCAUUGCGUCCUGUGAUCCUCGAAGCCCUUGUCUGUGCCAAGGACUGGCUCCAACAUGCUUCCUCAUCACCAUCUUCAUUUGCAGUGAUUCCCAAUGCAAUUGUUAAGAUGGAAUUUUAGGUCUCAUUUUUCAAUUUCAACAUGUCCUGCAACAUAGAUUUAUCUUUACAUGUCCUUUUAUGUUCAUUAUCUUUAAUAAGCCUCUGGUAGGAUCUUUUUUUACUGGUAGUGUAUUAGACAUUGCUGAUAUGCAGUGAAAUAUUAUUAGCCUCUUGAUUUUCUGAUGGAUAUUAUUUCACAUUAUAACUCCCCUCAUCUUUUUUAUGGAUGGUUUAUGUAACCGUUUAAUACCUAGAAGUUGAUACAAA